GUACCACAAGAGAUGUUGUUACCGACCAAGACUUUGAGACUGCGAGAGAAACAGUGAAAUACUGCCCAUUGGCCUUACUCCUCCUCCUAUACAAUAGGAAAACAUUCCACACGCACCUGGCUAACGGUUGUUUCAGCCUGACAAGGUAUAGUUAAUUCAACUGCAUACCUUCCUGCCCUGACACCUUCGUCUAAAGAUCAUGGCCGAUCAGAAAACAAACUCGACAAGUCUACUAAGGACAAGGUCCGAUCAACUAGCAGAGACCGUGGCCACUAUAAUGAAGUCUCCAACUCAUUCCUCCAGCGAGACGGCGGCUGCUGGAGCAGCAGUGGAGAACGGUGGCACUGGCACGGGCACCCUCUCGAGGAAGUCCAGCAAAAGGCUGGCAAUGCCGUCGCCAGGGCGGAGCGGGAGUAGCACUGGUAAGAAUGCUCACAUUAGGAAAUGGAGCAGUGCUCAGAUGAAAUUCGACUUGGAUGACGUCAGCAGCGGUGCGGCUUUGAGCCGAGCCUCCAGUGCCAGCCUAGGCUUGUCCUUUUCCUUCACCGGCUUCACCAUGCCUCCCGAUGAGAUCGCCGAUAGUAAACCUUUCAGCGAUGAUGAUAUUCAAGAUCUUGAAGCAGGCACCCGUAAGAAGAAGAUUCACACAGAGCCCACCUUGCCAAUAUAUCUGAAGUUCACCGAUGUAUCAUACAAGAUAGUCAUUAAAGGAGUGACGUCAACAAUUGAGAAGGAUAUAUUGAACGGGAUAACCGGUUCAGUAAAUCCCGGUGAAGUUCUGGCACUGAUGGGCCCUUCAGGAAGCGGAAAGACUACCCUGCUCAGUCUGCUGGGUGGCAGGUUAAGGGGAGCAACAACAGGCGGUUCAGUUACAUACAAUGACCAGCCGUACUCGAAGUUCUUAAAAAGCAGGAUUGGAUUUGUGACCCAAGAUGACGUGCUAUUCCCGCACCUUACGGUCAAAGAAACAUUAACAUUUGCAGCCCAGCUGAGAUUGCCAAGUAUACUGACAAAACAGCAAAAAGAACAACGCGCCGUAGAUGUAAUAUAUGAGCUUGGAUUAGAGAGGUGCCAAGACACCAUGAUUGGUGGCUCCUUUGUCCGGGGAGUUUCAGGUGGAGAGAGGAAGCGUGUCUGUAUAGGAAAUGAGAUAAUUAUAAACCCAUCUCUUUUGUUCCUCGAUGAACCCACUUCUGGCUUGGAUUCUACCACAGCUUUAAGGAUUGUUGAACUUCUGCAGGAUAUAGCUGAGGCUGGUAAGACAGUGAUCACCACAAUCCACCAGCCGUCCAGCAGACUUUUCCACAAGUUUGACAAACUGAUUCUUCUAGGCAAAGGGAAUUUACUUUACUUUGGAAAAGCAGCAGAAGCUAUGGUUUACUUUUCCUCCGUAGGAUGCUCACCACUAAUUGCAAUGAACCCCGCAGAGUUCCUGCUAGAUCUUGCAAAUGGGAAUUUAAAUGAUGUUUCAGUCCCUUCUGAAUUGGAGGACAGGGUACAAUUGGGGAAUACAGAAACAGAGACUAGAAAUGGAAGACCAUCUCCUACUAUUGUGCAUGAGUAUCUUGUGGAAUCUUAUGAGACACGAGUAGCUGAAAAUGAAAAGAAGAAACUAUUGGUACCUCUGCAAAUUGACGAGGCAAUUAAGUCUCAAGUAUGUUCCAAGAAGAGAGAAUGGGGAGCCAGCUGGUUUGAACAGUACUCUAUACUAUUCUGGAGAGGACUCAAAGAAAGGCGUCAUGACUAUUUCAGCUGGUUGAGGAUCACCCAAGUUCUUGCAACUGCUGUUAUCUUGGGAAUGCUGUGGUGGCAGUCUGGUAGCAACAACCCCAAAGAAGUGCAAGAUCAGGCUGGGUUGCUCUUCUUCAUUUCUGUCUUCUGGGGAUUUUUCCCAGUUUUCACUGCAAUAUUCACAUUUCCUCAAGAAAGAGCCAUGCUGAGCAAGGAACGAGCAGCUGACAUGUAUAGACUAAGUGCAUAUUUUGUGGCCAGGACGACAAGUGACAUUCCACUUGACCUUUUACUGCCAGUACUUUUCCUUCUGGUUGUAUAUUUUAUGGCAGGUCUCAGGCUCAAUGCCGGUUCUUUUUUCCUCACCGUGGUUACAGUUUUCCUGUGCAUUGUAGCAGCUCAGGGAUUUGGAUUAGCAAUCGGGGCAACAUUGAUGGAUCUAAAGAAGUCAACAACUCUGGCCUCUGUUACUGUGAUGACCUUCAUGUUAGCUGGGGGUUAUUUUGUUAAGAAAGUACCAGUAUUCAUAUCUUGGCUCAGUUAUCUGUCGUUUAACUAUCACACCUACAAGCUUCUUCUGAAGGUGCAGUAUGAACACAUAAGUCACACAAUUGAAGGGAUAAGAAUAGACAGCGGUUUCAAAGAAGUAAGUGUGCUGGCAGCCAUGGUUGUUGGCUACAGACUCUUAGCCUAUGUAUCUUUACGAAGGAUGAAGCUGCAACCUGGAACUUAGGACUUGAAGAGAAUGAGCGGCCUACAGCAGAAUCUACAGCAGCCAGACGUUUCUUUUAAGAUAACUAAGGUAGGAUUGUUAAAUUUUUCACCUCUAGGCAGGUCGUCAAUCUUUAGUGUAUCAGAAAUUCGGAAACGGGAGAUGCGAGUUUCUUAGACGUGAUAAGAGUCAAUUACACUAGGACAAGGUCUCCAAAAUAUUAGUAUGAUAUAUGAACUCAUAUUCCUCGUUGUGUUUGCAGCAAGAUCUUAACACCCGUUGAAGUUUU